AUGUAAAGCGUUAGAGUAGAAAAAAACUUUAAUUUCCAACUUGAGAUUGUUUGGAUAUUAUUUGAUUUGAUAGAUAAAGAACUAAUAUUUACUUAUUAUUUUGUGAAAAAACAAAUAAUUAUAAAUAGACUAUAAUCUAAGCUCCAAAAUAUUAUUUUUUAAUCUCUCAAAAGUUAGAAUAUAACUCGAAAAAGUAAAAUGAAUUUAACUACAGUUAUAUAGGAAGGAAUAGAGAAGAAUUUCGCUUAAUACUAUAAUAAAUUUACUCUUAUGUUUUUAAGUUCUAAAAUGGAGAAAGAUUAUAGAAACGAUACUUAAAAAAAGAAUCGCUUUUAAUUGCGUACAAUAUUGUUAACUUUAAGCUUUUUUGGUAUAGUAAUAGUGAUUUGGAACUUGGUGAAAAAUUCUUAUUUUUUGAUUCCCUCUACAAUUAGUAUCGCAACGAAUAUACUUGGGUACUUUAUUGUUAAAAAAUAUCCCUUUUAAUUAAUAGAAUUAAAGAUUGCAUUUUUUAGUAUUUUUAAUUAAGUAAUAUAUGAUAUGCUCAUCACAAACUCGAAUAUUAUGGACACGAAAAAUAUUAUUCUUGGGGAGUUUUUUAUUACUGUUACUAUUUGCAUAUAUUUUAGAACAAGAAUUUUCAUACUUGACUGUUUGCUUGUUUUAGUGACUAGAAUAAUUCAUUUGAUUUUUCUUGGCAAGAUUUAUAGAGAUAUGGAAAUAGCUUCAAUUGCUUUUUUGAUUGCUUCUUAAGUAUCUAUUGUAUUCUUUUAUUUUUUUCAGUCUGAGAAGAAUGCUAGAGAGAAGUACUUAUUAAAAAAUAGUCAUGAUUAGUGGGCAGAAAUAGUUGAUAAAGUCCUUCCAGUAAAUAUAAUAAUAUCUAAAUUUAAUUAAAGGACAUGCGAAAUUAUUUUGGGCAGUUGCAACACAAAUUGCUCAAAAAUUUUUAAAAUCAAAGACAAUGAAACAUAUAAUUCAAUGCUUAUCAAAAUGAAAAUAGGUAAUAAUGAAAGUGAAAGUAGCUAGUCCUUAAGAGAUUAUGUGCUCAAUAAACAUUUUUCUAUAGCUGAGAGACAAAGGAUAUCUCGAGAUAAAAGUACUGCUAAUUACAGUCUUAAUGAAAUAGACAAUCAACUAAAAAGCGUGCUCGCAUUAGGAUAGAAUUUGUCUAGUAAAAAAAGAUAAACAGACGAUAAUUUGCAUUAAAUGAAUGAAGAUAAACCAAAAUAGUUUUCCAUAAAGAGUUUGAAUAAUUUAAAUGGAAAUGGUGUUUAAGGUAAGAAUAUGCAUGGAGGAUCAGCAAGUGAUCACUACAAUCGUGUAGAAAGUCUAAUAGGAUAUUAUAAAGAGAAAGAAUUUGCAACUUCAAAGAAGUACAAAAUUAAAAUAUAUACUGUUUAAGGGGAUAAUUAGUCUUCUUUAAUACUGAGUAUAGAAGAUAAAAGCCAUAAAUCUACCCUUAAAUUUCAAAAAAAUCUCUAUUCUAAUACAAAUCAUGUCUUUUAAAAAACUCUAACUCACUUUUAAGGUUUGGUAAAAAAGGCUAUGACAGGCUUAAAUGAAGUUAGUAGCAAAAAUAUUCCAACUUAGGUGCUCUAUAAUACUCUUAUUUUGAAUAUAUAAAUUAACAACAUUAAGGAUUAUUUGUAAAAUAUGUAAAAUUAAUCUUAAUCUAAAGAUACAAAGGAUAAUAAUGAUGAUAAGAUAGGCAGCUAUGCUAAAAUAUUUUUUCGAAAUACAAACAAAUUUUUUAAUAUAGAAACACUGGGGCUUUAAGAAAUGUUAUCAUAACUUGAAAAACUUAUGAAGAAAGUAUGCUUAGAAAAAUAAAUUCAAUUUAUCCUAAUCAAUGAAACGCCUGAAGAUUUAGUAAUUAUUACAGAUAAAAAUAGACUUUAUCGAGUCUUGGUAAAUUAUAUUAGUAAUUCUAUUGAGUAUACUUCAAAAGGAUAUGUCUAGGUGAAAGUCUCCAAAACAAAUAGCUUAGGAUUGGAAACUAUAAAAUUUUAGAUAAUUGAUAGUGGUAAAGGGAUAAAUCCCAAAUUUGAAUCAACAAGAGCAUCAAAUGCAGUUGGUACAGAGUUUAAAUCGAAUAUUCCAUCAGAAGAAGAUAUUUCAGGAGUCGGUGCACCAAGAGCAAGGCUGAAAUAAAGUAUAAAUAUAAUAGGUUUUUCCAAUGCCAUGAAUACUGAAAGAGAGAAAAAAAUAUAAUUCAACAUCUAAAACUCUUAGAGUGCAUAAAAAAAUAACGUAAACAUUAAUGGGAUCGAAGAUAGUGUUGCAAUCGAUAGCAGUAUGAUUAAUUUAACUCAAGAAAAUAAAAAUAGUUAAAUGAAUUCGUUCCCUUCAGCAUAAGUAUAAUAAAAGUAAUAAUCUGGUUUAGGUAUUGGAUUAGCAGUAUGUAAAUUUCUUGUAAAUAAAUUAGGUCCAAGCUUUCCAAAAAUAUUUUCAAAGCCAGGAGUUGGGACUAAUGUAACUUUUGAGGUUUACUAAGAUUUAAAAUAAAUAAUAAAUUCGGGGAAUUAUAAGAAUUCAAUUGCUAAUUAGCCUAUAUUACCUUCUCAGUAAAGGAGACAUAAAAACUCUAGCUUUAGUGUCUUUCAUAAUAAUAACAUUUAAAAUGCCCAUAAUCAUUAAAAUCCAAUGAUCAAUUCUACUUAAAUUCUAUCUAAUCAGAAUGCAAAAGAUCAGAUUAAUGCUUUGAAUAAUCAUUUGCAAAAUGGAAAAGAAGCAUUAAAUUCAAGUGGUAACAUUCAAUCAGGAUUAAAUAUUAAUUUAGUAUAAAGUGGAAAUAACUAACCUAACCCUGUCCUAUCUCCUCGUAAUUAAUAAUCAGGUUCAAAAGAAAGUAAUAUGAAUUUAAAUAAAUAAUCUAGUUCAGGUGGUAGCAACGAUUACUCUAUUAACUAAGGCCUAAGUGAAUUAAAAAGCAAGAAUUUAGUAUAGCCAUUAAUUCACUUAGAUGCUUAGGAAAAUAUAGAUGAAGAUGCUCUGGAAUAUUUAAAUCUUGGAGGUAACUGCUACAAAAUGAUAUCUGGUGAAGAAGCUGCUGUAUUUAAUUUAUAAAAAAGUGAAUAGUAUCUCAAUCCUAAUUAAGGAUUUAAAUAUGAUUAGAAUGAAAACUUAAACUUCAUUAAUGGAAGCAAUCUGAUACCAAUUAUCACUGGCCAUCAUUCCAAUAAGAAGCUAUCUUUUAUAUAGGCACCAUUUUCAAAUAAUACAAAUAAUUCAAUUACUACUAUAUCUUUUGCAAAUCUUUAAAAUCAUAGUUAACUUUUUCCUUUUACUUUGAAUACUAAUGAUUAAAUGUUAGCUAAUUUUCAGCAGCCAUAAUUCACAUAAAAUGGAUCUAAAGGUACCUUUAAUGCAUCAAGUAACAAUUAAAAUACAAGUCAUAAUAAUAAUAAUAAUAAUAGUUCUAUGGGUUCUUUGCCUAAAAUAGAAGAAAAUUAGUCUUAAAAAGAGGGUUCUUUAAAAAAUGCAAAAGAGUUGUUCUCAAAUUUUUAAGGUAUUUAAUAGCUUUAACCUUCUUAGUAAGUAAACAUGAAAAUAUAAUAAAAUCCGUUUAAGUCAGAAACUCCUAAAAAAUCUGCAAGAAAGCAAAGCAUUUAAGGAGCUUAUGAUAAAAAAAUUUUUAGAUCUUCUCCAGAUUUCUUAGAUCCUAACAAUGGACCUGGAUCAUAAGAUAGCAUAAUUAUAACCUCUCCACACUAAAAUCCCAUUUAAAAUACACAUAAUAUAAAUAGUUAAGGUAAUUAUGUUGGAAAUUUACAUCUUAUCAGCGAUCCAUCAUCACACAAUUCUUCUCAUUAGUAAAAUCCAAUGAGUAAGUUUAAUCGUAAUCAAUAAUAAUAGCUUGAUGAAUAAAAUCUUUAGUAUAUGUACUUAGCUAAUAUAGCAGAGUAAAUUAAUAAAACAUUUGCAUAACAGAAUGGUAAUUAAUAAGGAUAUUAAGGUAGGAAAUUAAGAUAAAAGAGUAGUUUUAAUUUAAUUUUUGACUAAAAAACACAAAUGAUCGAAGAUCCUGAAUCACUUAUUGUGAAUACACUUGGAUAAGGAACUCAGUAUGGGUCCAAAGAAAAUAAUUUCUAGAACGAAUCUUAACUCUAAAUUGGAAGCAAUUUGUAAAAUGAAUGUGGAUCUCAAUCAAAUAUUUUAAUUAGCUCAUCAUAAUCUCCAGUAAAAAGUUUUUCAGGUUAAAAUGUAAUGAAUGAUUCAUUAAAUAACUAAAUUAACAAUUAACAAAUGCAAUCUUAGCUUUAAUAACUAUAAUAACAACAAUAGCAGUAAUUUAAUUAAUCUAGUUUGUCGCCUUACGAGCUAAAAAGUAAGCAAAUAAACUCGUUUAUUCAUAAUAUCCCUUCUGCAUAAGUGUUUUCACAACCUCUUCAAAGUAGAAGCAGCUAAUCAAAUCAGUAAUAGGAUCAUUUAUUUGUUAAUUCCGAUCAAUAAGGUGCUGAUUCCCUAACAAAUACACUUUUGGGUUCAAGGGAAAAAUCGGUUUCAAUAAAACUAUAGGUAAGCUCUAAGAAAAAUUCAUCAAUUUUGCAUAGAGAAAAAGAAUUAAGUGGAGGAAAUUAAUCCCAAACAAGUCGUGGUUAUAGAAUAUCAAUAUGUGGAAAAGAUAUAGACAACAAUCAAUAAAAUAAUUGA